AAAGUAAUCAUUGCAUGUUAAUACAGUGGCCACCAAGGUUACAUAUUAAACCGGUGUGACACUCACUCUCAGGCAGAGAAGGGUGUAAAGCUACCUCUAAGGCAUGUUCACCUGUUGCAUCUUACAAUGGGGGAUUUGACGGACAGUAAUAGCAUAGAUGACCGAGUUCUAUCGGUCGUUCCUCGUAGAGAAGAGGACAUCAAAGUUGUAUUUCACAAAGUUGGCGAUGACGACGACGAUGAACACACAACUGAGAGAAUAAAUUUACAAAGUAACAGUCAUGAUGAGAGGAGCAAUGAUAAGGACGCAAGGACUAGAACAAUGGAAAGCAGCGCGAUGCAAAGAUUCUGUCCUUUCAUAUAUUGUAGAAUUGGCGGCGGCGGGGAUCACAUCUCAACGGACGCUGGAGACACAGUUGCUAAAGAGAAAAAGCAUUGUCCAGGACUGGGCCUGUUCUAUGGCCUGCUGGCAACAGUGUUCUUCUCCGUUAUAGCUCUUCUGGUGAAGACAAUCGAUGGAGUCCAUGCUGUAGAAAUCAGUGCCAUUCGCUGCUUCUUCCAGAUGCUGUUUGUUAUGCCUAUGCUUAUCUAUCACAAGACUGGCUUCCUUGGACCAAGAGACAAGCGGAUCUAUUUGGUGAUGAGAGGAUUCUUGGGUUCUAACGCCAUGAUCCUAUUGUUCUAUGCAGUUCAGCAGAUGCCCCUGGCUGAUGCAACAGUCAUCAUGUUCAGCAACCCAGUGUUCACUGCCUUGCUAGCCUGGAUCUUCCUCAAAGAGAAAUGCACAAUCUGGGACUGUGUCUUCACUGUGUUCACACUGGCUGGUGUCAUAAUGAUAGCCAGGCCUCCCUUCAUAUUUGGUGCUCGUAUAGAGGAAAUAGAGGGAGACUACACCAAUCAUCUCAAGGGGACUAUUGCAGCCUUUGGUGGAGCGAUGGGGGCAGCUUGCACUUUCGUAAUACUCAGGAAAAUGGGCAAAAGUGUCCACUACUAUCUGUCCGUGUGGUACUAUGCUGUCAUUGGUUUCAUUGAGUGUUUCAUCACUUUGUUUAUACUUGGUGAAUGGACCAUUCCAUUCUGUGGGAGAGACAGGUGGAUCCUUAUGCUGAUAGCGAUCCUGGGCAUCGCUGGCCAAACGUUCCUCACCAAAGCACUACAGAUCGAGAAGGCCGGCCCUGUGGCCUUGAUGAGGACCGUCGACGUGGUCCUAGCUUUUAUUUUCCAGUUCAUUUUUUUCAAUCGAAAGCCCACCAUGUGGAGUCUCGGUGGGGCAUGUUGUGUGGUCGUCAGUACUUGUGGUGUGGCGCUAAGGAAGUGGUACAGCAACACACACCCAAGAAAGAGCUAAGAACCACACAAAUAAAUUACUUUUUUGCAAGGAAUAAAUUCAAGUUUAUCAGUUAAUAUGUUAGUGUUCAGCAGAUGAGUGAAAACCCCCCCCAAAAACACAGAAAACCAAAGAAGCAACAUUACAUCCAAAUGUUACUGUAAGGGUUGAACACAAAACUGGACACAUUUCAGUAUUUACAUCUACAUACUGUACUUAGAAAAUAGGGUUUCUCAAAGGUGCUUUGGUAAGGGUGAUAUGUCAAACCAUAAUGACUCAAAGAACACUUAAAUGUUUCUUUGCAUUUCAGAAAAGGGUUCUUUCAUCUUUUAGUGAUAAUUAAAAUGUAGCGGUGGCAGCUCAUUCAAAUUUUUUGGAGCGUGGUUUGCACACAGGUGUUUUUGUGCAGUUGUGAGUGAGUGUCAUUCCAGUUUAUCUAGUAUGUUGUGUUGUGUCAUUAAUAAUGACUCAGGCCAGUAAUGGUCUCUUGUUAAGAAGACUCACAUAAAGCCUUGUGUCAAUUGAGAACUGUUGACUAAAUCUCAAUUCUCUCCUCAGAGAACCCCAGCCGUUCCAGAGCUAGCACAUCUGAUUAAACUUGUGAAUUAACAUAGUAAUAACACCAUCAUUUUAACAAUAUAAUAUGGCUAACCCCAUAAGAAGGGUGUUCUAUAUAGCACCAAAAAAGGUUAUAACCUUUUUUUUAUUGGAUCUUUGUAUAACCUUAAAAAAUGGUUCUAUUUAGCACCAAAAAUGGUUCCACUGUGGUUACAAGCCAAAUAACACUGGUAGUGGCACUAUAUAGAAUUUUUUUUUUUUCUGUACUGAGUUCAUCAGUACCACGUCAGUACAGCAUAAAAUAAAAUAAGAAUAUGUUCUUAACUGACUUGCCUAGUUAAAUAAAGGUAAUAUAUAUAAAUAUAUAUAAUAAUAUAUAUAAUUCAUUUUUUUAAUCAGCAACAUCUUAUUGUAUUUUAAAUGGGCUGAUCUCCUUUAUUUUAAUAUACUGCUGGUCAGAAUCGGUUUGUUGUGGACAUUUCGAAUGUGAUAGGGUGAUUUGUUUUCUUUUCCCCACGCAAAUAUGUUUAAAAGAUUGCUUUGUGCAAUGUGUCACUGAGAUUGCUGGAUAGCAAUAAUAUUCUGUUGACCCAACGGGUAAGCAGCAUAAUCGGACGACUUUAUGCAUAACUUACGUUUCUCCUGCCUAGUUAAAUAGUAGAAUUUGAUGGAAACGUGAUAUUUACAGUACAAAUAGCUUUAUGACAGUAUACCACAGAAAACAACUCGUUGCCUUCCAUAUAAAACGUUUACUAGUAAUUUAGAACUAAGCACUUGAGUUUGCACAUUUUUGUUACAUGCAGUAUCAGUUAUGAUGCUUCGUAUAAGUUGUAUACUCCUAGUUCUCUCAGGGUUUCUAUGCUGUUUUAUAGUAUUUCUUAAUGUAUCAAUAGAAAUAAAUAGAUAUUUAUGCUUUAUCAAAAGCACUUUCUCCGACUGAUUGGAAGUUUUUGACUUGAAUUUGUUCUUGUUUAUCAAAUAUAUUGAUGUUGUGAAAAUGAUUCUUAACUUUUCCGUGUUCAAUCAUUUUCAGGUAGGUUUACAUAAAUUGUUCAUAACGAAAGUAUGAACCAUUUAAAUGAACCAUUUCAUUCUUACAUUUAAUUCAGAGCCUGUUUAUAUGACAUCAUACAUUGUUUCUAGAACUUCCAAGUGACUUAUUUUACAAUAUGUUGUGUUCAAUUAAGGUGGACACAGUAUAUCUGAACCUUUGUCUAGUUCAUGUUUGAUUUUAUUUAACUGAUACAGAUUUGAUUGAUGAGACUGUAAUGUUGGAUGCACUCGCAAAAAGAAGAGCAUCAAAUAUUUGAGUUAUUACCUUCAUGCCUUACUAAAUCCUUUCUCAUCUAUGUAAUUAUUAUAUUACAGUAUUUAUAUGACACUUUGAGAUUUUAUAUGAGAAAUAAGGAUUAUUCUAAAUGUUGUAUAUUUGUCAUAUUUUUUAUUUGAAAAUAAAUUGCAUAUACAUUUCACA